AUGGCAGAAGCGAUUCAUUGGAGCCUUAAUGUCAAUAGGAGCAGUGGUAGUGCCAAUACCCUCUUUAGGUACCACUGCCGUCAACGCAGUCAGGCCACUGUCAAAAAGAAUGUUAGAGAACUAACGGAUGAGAUGCCCCUAAUCCAACAACAGAUGAAGGCCCAGUCACUUAGGCUGCAACAUGUGGGAAAGACUUUCCAAGACACUAUUUUAGUGGUUAACACGCACACUAAUCUCUUUAACAGAACCCUCCUUUCAGUAGGAAAGUUGGUAGAGGUCAUGAAUUAUGAUUAUGCCCAUGUGCAAUUGGUAAGGAUGUUGAUCAAAAAAAUAAAUAACAAUAUUGGUCGCAUACACAUUUAGAAGAUGUCAUUGCAGGUGUAGGGUAAUGCUUAUGUUCUUAGUUCCAAAAUGCAUUCAUAUCUAACAAUACAAAACAAUACACGCAAAUCUAAAAAGUAAAAUAAUGGAAUUAAGAAAUAUAGGAAUAUCAGGACGAGCAAUGUCAGAGUCUGGAAUAUAAAUAUAUAUUUUACAUUUUAGUCAUUUAGCAGACGCUCUUAUCCAGAGCGACUUACAGUUAGUGAGUGCAUACAUUUUGUCAUAUUUUUUCAUGUAUAUGAUGGACACUACAUAGAUAGAAAAUGUAGUAUAUCUGUAGAAUAUGUAGGAUAGAAGAGUAUGUACAGCAAUAGUUAAAUAUACCCCACCCCCUCUGAUGAUCCCGCAGGUGAAGAAGCCCACCCACUGGGGAACCAGGCCCAGCCAAUCCAGAAUGAGUUUUUCCCCACAAAAGGGCUUUAUUACAGACAGAAAUACCACUCAGUUUCAUCAGCUGUCCGAGUGGCUGGUCUCAGAUGAUCCCGCAGGUGAAGAAGCCGGAUUUGGUUGUCCUGGGCUGGUGUGGUUACACGUGGUCUGCGGUUGAACGUACUGCCAAAUUCUCUAAAACGACGUUGAAGGCGGCUUAUGGUAGAGAAAUGAACAUUAAAAACUCUGGCAACAGCUCUCUUGGACAUUCCUGCAGUCAGCAUGCCAAUUGCACACUCCCUCAAAACUUGAGGCAUCUGUGGCAUUGUGUUGUGUGACAAAACUGCACAUUUUAGUGGCCUUUUAUUGUCCCCAGCACAAGGUGCACAUGCCUGUGUAAAGAUAAUGGUGUUUCAUUAGCUUCUUGAUAUGUCACACCUGUCAGGUGGAUGGAUUAUAUUGACAAAGGAUAAAAUACUCACUAACAGGGAUGCAAACAAAUUUGUGCCCAACAUUUUAGAGAAAUAACCUUUUUGUGCGUAUGGAAAAAUUUUCUGGGGUCUUUUAUUUCAGCUCAUGAAACAUGGGACCAGCACUUUACAUGUUGCGUUUAUAUUUUUGAUCAGUGUUGGAUAGGCCUUGACUAGAAUACAGUAUAUACAGUGGGUAAAACAGCAUGUAAACAUUAUUAAAGUAACCAGUGUUCCAUGACUAUGUAGAUAGAUAGGGCAGCAGUCUCUAAGGUGCAGGGUUGCGUACCGGGAGGUAGCCGGCUAGUGACAGUGACUAAAGUUCAGGGCAUGGUACUGGGCGGAGGCUGGCUAGUGGUGACUAUUUAACAGUCUGAUGGCCUUGAGAUAUGAGCUGUUUUUCAGUCUCUCGGUGCCAGCUUUGAUGCACCUGUACUGACCCUGCCUUCCAGAUGGUAGCGUGGUGAACAGGUCUUGGCACGGUUGGCUGAGGUCCUUGAUGAUCUUCUUAGCCUUUCUGUGACACCGGGUGCUGGUGAUGUUCUGGAGGUAGGGCAAUGUGCCCCCAGUGAUGUAUUGGGCAGACCGUACCACCCUCUGGAGUGUCCUGCGGUUGCAGAUGGUACAGUUGUCGUACCAGGCGGUAAUACAUCCCGACAGGAUGCUCUCAAUGGUGCUACUGUAGAAGUUUGUGUGAGUCUUAUGGGCCAAGCCAAAUUUCUUCAGCCUCCUGAGGUUGAAGAGGCGCUGUAACGCCUUCUUCACCACACUCUCUGUGAGGAUGUACCAUUUCAGAUUGUCAGUGAUGUGUAUGCAGAGGAGCUUGAAGCUUUUCACCUUAUCCACUGCGGCCCCGUCAAUGUGGAUGGGGGCGUGCUCCCUCUGCUGUCUCCUGAAUUAUCAGCUCCCUCGUUUUUUUUUUACAUUGAGGGAGACGUUAUUUUCCCGGCACCACUCCGCCAGGGCCCUCACCUCCUUCCUGUAGGCUGUCUCAUCGUUGUUGGUAAUAAGGCCUACCACUGUUGUAUCAUCUGCAAACUUCAUGAUUGUGUUGGAGACGUGCGUGGACAGGCAGUCAUGGGUGAACAGGGAGUACAGGAGGGGGCUGAGCACACACCCUUGUGGGGCCCCUGUGUUGAGGAUCAGCGUAGCAGAAGUGUUGUUGCCUACCUUCACCACCUGGGGGCAGCCCGUCAGGAAGUCCAGGACCCAGUUGCAGAGGGCAGGGUUCAGACCCAGGGUCUGUGGCCUUAAACCCCUAGCCAGCGAUGAGUGCUGCCAUGCAAGACUGACAACUCAGGAUGAUGUGACUACCACUCAAGUGGAGGUGGUAGGAGACAAGUGGCUUGUUAACACACCAUUCACUUCCGCUACCAUGACCUACGACCGUCAUGGCUCAAUCACCCAACUUGCCAUUCCAAACCAGACAGUCUUUGUUAGUGUGCCAGAGUGUGCAAUUGUCCACAUAGACGAUCUAGCUCUGUACCACCUCCACGGGGAUAGACAGGACACUGAGAUCGAAAUUCCUGAUGCCUUUGCAAAACGCACUCUUGAAUUGGCACCUACAAUUCAAGACCAAAUUCUCUAUGAGGGACCAAUGGUCGUUGACCUUAGUCUACUUGAUGAUGGCCUGGUAAUCAAACCGGCUGACUAUAAGCCCAAAGAAUGGUCCGUCGCCCGCUCGUGGACAAUCACUGACAGUAUUUUGACCACUACCAUUAUCCUUGGUUUUAUUGCCCUUGGC